GCUGCGCGACGCAUCUGCCUGCUCAGCUCGGACGGCUCUCUCACCUCCUCCUCCUGCCCACACUCCCCUCGGGUUGCCCUCUCGGCACGGUGAAAUGACAAACGAACCACAGACACCUCAGCGAUCCGACGAUGCGCACGACGCCGAGCCUCCAUCCCCUUCGACGAAACGAUCUCAAUCCAAGUACUUUCAGCCCACCAACGCAUCCCUAACCACACCCAUCUCAUCCUCCACAUUCUAUGGGUCUGAGCGAGCUGGCUCGUCUCAUACGGGCUACAUCGCACCAACUACGUCUCCGUAUCGCGAGCCUGAGGUCGUAGAGGACAGGCCCGCGCCCAGCCAGCCGAAGGAGGACUCCACACUCGCGGACUGGUCGGCGCAACAGGCGUCCUCGUCCGGAUGGGAGACACAGUGGUCUGGUCAUCUGUGGCCGGAAACCUCUGGGGCACACAAGAUAGCCAUCGACGGUCGCGACGAGUUCCAAGAACUCAACUGGUCUAACCUUGCAGUGCAUGAUUCCAAGCCCAGGCCAGGAUCGGGUAUGCUUCCUCCUUUACUCGCGGACGAACUACACAAUCCAGACCAUCCCCUCUACUCUGUCAAUGUCACUACUCAACUUCCGCCUACAACGCCCAACGGCGCGCAGCUCGCGCCGUCGCAAGAGGAAGCACGGACGGCAAUACCCCAUGCGCGGUCGUACUACUGCGCGGAGCACAACGGCUGGGUCCUCCUCUGGUGGGGCACGUCUACCGUUCUCCCGCCUCUCGCCCGUACUAUUGAUAACCUCCCGGACCCUACGCGGCGGAAAUGGACCCAGUCGUGCGUAGGCGAUGGCGAACAGCCGUUCGGGCAAGUGAACGCCACCCACCACUGGCAUCGCUACGAACGCGCCAUUGACUCGCGGUACCUGAGCACGCCGUUCGAGCGCGAAGAGGAGACCCUCCUCGACCUUUAUCUCUGCUGCCAGUGCACGAAAUAUUGUAUGGUCUCCGAAGUCCUUCCGGGCGUCAUCCCACAAGAUGUCCACCAAUCGUUCGUUCGUGAUAGGUGGAGCCACCCUCCUCUCGGUCGGACACCUAAGGCGAGCGUAUUGGCGGGAUGGGAGACGAUGCUAACCAUCAUCGAGAACCGGCUCUGGAAGGAUGAACAACGCGCGCUACCCGUCACCCGCCCUCGCUUUCAGCAGAAGCUAGGCUGGAACGAUACUGUUCGCAAGAUGUUCGAACUCCUUGAAUUCCCUAUUGAUCGCAUCGGCAAUACGGUAGCCACCUCCACUGACAAUCGCUCGACCACCGAAGAACUUGGCUUGCAGCCUCCAAACAUCGACCCCGCCACGCCUGAAGGGAAGCGCAUACGGGCGAAGCUAUUGCGUGCAUGGGCAGAGAUAUCGGCUUGGCUGGCUAUCUAUCGCAAGUCGAAUGGAGACCUGGGCGGAUAUUCCACGCAAAUACUGCACGUCGACGCCACAGAGGUUCGGGAGAUGUAUCAGAUGGAAAUUGGCGCACACGUCAAUCAGAUUCCGCGAGGCCUGCUGCCCGACGCGCUCGUGAAUCUUGACAUCCUGAACAACGCGUGGAAGGCGCUCGGCAUGACACCGUCUUCGUAUUCAUGGGAACUACUGGGCUUCGCGUACCUAGCGCAAUGCCGCUGCGACCCCCUACGGACGACCCUCUACUUCACGUACUUUUGCCAAAUCGUCCAGACGCUGGCGAACGUCGGUGAGGCAUCGCCUGACCUUCAGCAGUUGAUCCACGACGAGCGUAAACGUUAUCGAUUCACGCUCGACGACUUCCGCGAAUCCGUUGCGCUACUGGGCUUUGGCAAGGAUGGCGAACUGGGCGUCGAGUUCGAUGACGACGUCGACGAAAAGUUCAUCCUCGAAGCGUGGCGCAAUGCGAGGAGACGGACGUGGGCCGACACGGCAAAGGGUGGAGAGAUUCGGAUGAGGCUCAACGACGCCCUCAAGAUCAUCGCUGAUACUAGGAACAGUCAGACCCUCAACUCAGCAUGGGAGCGGGAGAAGGGCAGUGGUAUGACUCCGGAGACUGCAUACUCAACGCUGGAAGUACCAAAGGAUGUAGACGAGACGAUGCUGAUUACGAUCUAUGCGAUGCGGGUGGAGGAUCAGCCGAGUCAGACAGACAGGAUGAAGGAGGCGCUGUCCGUCAUUACGGACGUUACGAACAGCGAAAGGCUACGAAAGUUCCUAGAAACUGGAAUGGAUCCGGGCGAUGCGAACCAAACCAGUAAACCCGAGAUGCCGCGCGGGUUGAAUCAAUUAGGCAAUACCUGUUACCUUAACUCUUUGCUGCAGUAUCUAUACACCAUCAAGGAUCUGCGUGAGGCCGUCGCCCCGUUCGCCGAAUCAGGCGACGAGAAGAUGAUAGAUGACAGCAAGUUCACGGAUGACGACCUCAAACGGCAUCGUGUGGGCGGAAGAUUGGUCACAAGACGAGAGAUAUCGCGUUCCAAGAAAUUUGUCCGCCAGUUGGCCAGUCUCUUUUGGAACCUCGAGUACUGCGAGAUCCCGGCCGUUACUCCGUCCAUCGACCUGGCCAAGCUGGCAUUGGUCACUUCGCAGGACGAGGAAGAAGACGACAUUAGUCGUCCCGGAACUGAAGGAUCGAACGACACAGAUGCGACGCUCGUUGAAGAUGUCCCGUCGCAUUCGGGAUACGACCCGCCAUCUCCGCCGCCGCUAGCUAGCCCGACUGAAAGUGUACUCGGUAAGAGGCAUCGUGGCUCAGAUGACAUGGACGUCGAUAUGCGAUCCUCUCCGCCUGAAACAGCGAGGGACAACGAUAGCCAUUCUGCUGCAAUCGCCGAAGCAGUUGCGUCGUCGUCGAAGCUGCAGAUGGAUGCCGACGUCGAUCAGUCCGAUGCGCGGGAUCUUUCUGACGGUCAAGUCUCCAAGGCACCUCCAUUACCAAAAAGGCCUCGCCCAACUGAUGAUUCUGUCAUGAUGUUCGGCCGUCAACACGAUGUGUCCGAAUGCAUGGACAACUGCAUUUUCCAGAUCGAAACGGCAUUACUCGACUUCCAGGAGAUGGCCGGAGCUGAGGACGACAAGACUAGUAUCGUCAAGAGACUGUUCUUCGGCAAGAAGAGGCAAAGGCUGACGCCUCUGUCGGCCACGGACGAUACACGACACAAGUCUUCCAUCCACGAGAAGGAAGAUCUCUUCUCCCACCUGCACGUGAACGUUUCGGACGAAGGAUUCGACCUCUACGAUGGCCUCGCACGUUAUUUUGACGAUGUAGUCGAGUUCGAUGGUGUGAAGAAGCGGAUGGAAGUAUCGCUUGUGGAUCUUCCUCCAUUACUCCAGAUACAGCUCCAACGAGCCCAGUUCGACAGAGAAACACAGCAAGCCUACAAGUCGCAAGCGUACGUGAAGUUCGGCGAGACGCUUUACGUGGACAGGUUCCUUGACAGCGCGGACGGGUCCAAAAAAGCGGAAUCAAAAGCCAUUCAAGCAGAACUCAGCGUGAGUCGCGAACGGAUACAGCGGCUGACGCAAGACAAGCACGCGCCGUUCGCUCCUGCGCUGGGUGCCGCUGCGGACUUUCUGGCUACGCAACAGUUGAUGCCACUACCCGAAGCGACAGAAGAUCUCGUCUCCGCGUUACAGAAGGAGCAAGAGUUCGUUACGCGAUGUCUCGAGGAUGAACGGAGCAAAGCUGCGCGGUUGAAGACGAAGAUUGAAGACAUCUGGAAGGAUGAUACCACAGCGGCCUACGAACUUACGUCCGUGUUCAUCCACCGUGGAUCAUCGCCUUCGUGGGGGCACUACUUCUUUUACUCUCGCAACCUACCAAAUAACCCGGACCAAUGGUUUAAGUACAAUGACUCAGACGUCACCGUCGUGUCGAAAGAGGAAGUCUUGGCGGAUACGACUGGUUCAACUGCCAAUCCAUACAUGCUUGUCUUUGCACGCAAAGGCUUGGAGGCCAUACGGACAGUACAUAGGUUUGAUCCUGCAACACUACAGGAUGGUUGAUGGUGGUCACGGCCCGAGAUUCCACGUUCAUGUGCUGGUUACUCAGAUACUGUACUGCAUACAUUCAUGCUUCAUCUCAUUCUACAUGUCUUUGGCUGUAAAUCAUCAUACACGAGUCUUUGCAUCCAGAUUUAUGGUGUUCGUUUUGCUUCAAAAUUUAUUAUCGCCCCCUUCUUCUCAGACGCGCCGUCGGGCGCUGACACGUGGCGCACUCCUCAGCCGCAGCCACUCACUUGGGGUUAAUGUAGGUUCGGAACAAGCCGCCUCCACGUGGUUUUCGUGCUCCGCACACCGACGAAGGAGGGGCUUGCUUC